ACCUCAUCAAUGACUGUCAGCUCCCUCGAGCCUCCCAAGCAUCCUUCGACCGACGAUGCGGGUGGUCUCGCCGGCCCCUUCUUCCUAUCCUGCCCUUACUGCCAUUGGAGUACGCUCGAUAUCGGCGUAGAGUUCGAGAAACAUACAGGCAUCACACAGCAGCUGGCGAGGAUAAAGAACGGUGGUCAGGUUGUCCCAAGCCUCAAAGAGCGCGAGAAGGCGCGGGAAAAGCGGCGUGAAGCUCGGGAUGGACUCGCGCCUGCUCGCGAGGAUAUCUCCGUGGAAACCUCAGACGCUGCCGAUCCAACCUCACACGAGGAAGUGUUCUACAAUCUCUCAAGCUUCUAUAAGUCCCAACUCUCGCUCGGCGCAUCCUCUCAGCCCUUCUCACCACACCACGACAUUAACUUCAGCUCGCCGUCGUCUUUCUCCAGGAUCAUGAACCUCUACUCCUCCGCAUCGUCCAAGAAGCAGAAACGUGACAAACCGCCGCCAAUGCGAGAGGCCAGCUCCGUCGCCGAGGGUCUGACGAUUCACAGCUCCUCAUCUGACCAUGCGGCCAUACAAGCCCUGAAACUUCACGGCUGGGAUCAUACGCUUACUUACUCUCAGAAAAAUAACCAGCUAGACCAGUCUAUCCGCUUUGCUAGUGAGCUUCGUCCCUCUCCAACACUGCUCUGCACGAAGCGCGGGAAGCGUUGUCGUGCCUGUCGGCACAUCUUGUCAAAGCCUGAGCCAAAGAUCACUAGCACACGAUACAAGAUCAAGCUCUUGGCGUCGAACCAUAUACCUCGUCUAUCAAUUCGUGCGCUUUCUGCCUCAUUGCCUUUACCCACCGUUCCAAGUUCCGCUGCUCAGGGCUUUGACUACAGCCACUUACAGCCAGCCACGACAAUACACUUUUUGCUCACGGUCUCAAAUCCUUUAUUCGAGCCAGUUCGUAUUACGCUUGCCACUCCGUCUACUAUCAUGGGCAAGGUAAAGAGUAAAGUCACCAUACUUUGCCCCCAGUUCGACGUAGGCGCAAACACGGAUGUUUGGGAUGAAGCUUUGAGCUCUGCUCCUGCUAGACGUGGUGGGCCAUCCGACUCUUCGAGCGGAGUUGCAAACUCGACCCAAGUAGAGGCUGGAAAGAUAUGGGAGCGUGGCCGCAACUGGACCUCUAUCAUCUUGGAAGUCGUUCCCGGGAUCUUCGAACAGCAUCGCGGUCCGACAUUCGGAGGAGGUCAAAGGAGUCAGGACGAUGACGACCUGGCUGAGGAUGAGGAUGUUCUAGAAAUACCAAUCUUCGUAAGGAUUGAAUACGAAAGUGAUGUGGCAGUCGAGGAUCGUGCUCCUGGCACAGAGCACACUCGACUGGGGGGCAAGGAGAAGAGAGAGGAGGCGUUCUGGAGUGUACUUGGGGUCGGGAGAAUCAAAAGCUUGCCAUAGUCACAGAAGCAAUGUUCGCCAUCCAGAAAUAGACACAGACUUGUAAAAUACUAUAAUAUAUCCAAAGGGAGAGACUAUCUAUGCCAGAGCUCAC